GCGGCAGAAAAAAAACGUAGCUUCGUGUCGAAGCCGAAAGACCCUUGCCUCCUUAAAACAAAUAGCUCCCCGAGAUCACGCUUUCCUAUCGCGCAUCGGGUGGUCUUGAUACUCACCGAGCUGUGAAUCCGGUACUGCCAUCGCCUUUGCGCUACCCCCCCUCUCGAACUAUAUCGCUCGAACCACAAGCCGAAAUGUCAGACCUUCAGCCUGGCUGGCUGUCACGCCAAUACAUUGACUAUGUAUACAUGCCUGGACUUCUCCUAGUCGUUGGCACUGCGAUUGUCCGAAAGGAAUGGCUUCCUUACUCCGUUGCCGUUGCCGCUGCCUUCGGAGCUUACAACUUCUGGAGUUUCCAGAUCAAGCGUGUGCUCAAGCCUGAUACCUUCCAAGAGUUCGAGCUCCAGGAGAAGACCAUCAUCUCCCACAACGUCGCGAUCUACCGCUUCAAGCUCCCCUCCCCUAGAUCUAUCCUUGGCCUCCCUAUCGGCCAGCACAUCUCGAUCGGCGCGAACCUUCCCCAGCCCGAUGGAUCUACAAAGGAGAUUGUUCGAUCGUACACUCCCAUCUCUGGCGACCACCAGGCUGGCUACUUUGACCUGCUUAUCAAGUCGUACCCCACUGGAAAUAUCUCCAAGUACAUGGCUUCUCUCAUGGUUGGCCAGUCCAUCCGUGUUCGCGGUCCUAAGGGUGCCUUUGUCUACACUCCCAACAUGGUCCGUCACUUCGGUAUGAUUGCUGGUGGUACCGGUAUCACCCCGAUGCUUCAGGUCAUUCGCGCUAUUAUGCGAGGACGUGAGGCUGGUGAUAAGACCCAGGUUGAUUUGAUCUUUGCCAACGUUACCCCUCAGGAUAUUCUCCUCCGAGAGGAUCUCGAGGCUUUGGUUAAGGAGGAUAGCGGCAUCCGCAUCCACUACGUCCUGGACAAGCCCCCUGAGGGCUGGACUGGUGGUGUUGGCUAUGUUACUGCCGACAUGAUUACUCAAUGGCUUCCUAAGCCUGCCGACGACGUCAAGAUUCUGCUCUGCGGUCCCCCUCCCAUGGUUAGUGGCCUGAAGAAGGCAACCGAGAGUCUCGGCUUCAAGAAGGCUCGCCCUGUCAGCAAGCUUGAGGACCAGGUCUUUGCCUUCUAAAGAAAGCAAUAAUCACGACUACGACGCGAUUGGCCAGUGGAAAUCUAGGAUGUUGGAGACUGGCGCCCCGCCUGGGUAACCGCUGGACUGUAACUGUUGGCUUUCCAGCACCGCAAUCGCGUCGCCACGGUUUGCUUAGAAUCGAGAAACGCAGCGAAUAUAUUGGAAGUAGAAAAACACAUUCAAUCAUAUACUUUGUAAUUAAUAUAUUUCGUUCUAUCUGAACCGAGCUUAGUUGUCUAACAACACGUGAAAUGACAUGGGCGUUGGCGUUGAACUGUUUGACAUGAUGAAGCUAAAUCUUUUGCUCUAUUAAACCAAACAUACAAUUACAUGGAAAUAUGACUACCCCAAGCUUCCCUCAGCCUCAAACUUGAGCUACGUAGAGAAAAGGACAAAAUGACAAAGAAGAUAUCAAGACUCUAAAAGUACGCCUAACCAUGAGGCAAAUGAGCGCCUAUGAAAGCAAAUCCGAAGCUAUACAAGAAUCAGACGGUCGCUUUUAUUCAUCGUCAUCCUCCGCUCCACCGACCGCUUCGUCAGCGUCUUCUUCGUCACUAUCGACCACGCGUGCUCGGCGAGAUCGCUUGGCAGGCUUCCGGCGAGUGGAAAUCUCGUCAUCUUCAUCACCAGCUUGAUCCAUAUCCAUUUUGUCGCCUGAAUCAGCUUGCUCGCCAUCGCUAACAUUAUCAUCCAACUGUACAUCUUCUUUGUCCGAGGCAUCGUCGUCACCAUCCUCUUCUUCAGAACUAUCCACGAUGAUUUCUUGGGACUUGAACUUGGAGUUUUCGCGCUUCGUAAGGCGGCGCCUCUUCUUGGCGUGAGAUGCACCAUCAGAGCCUUCGUCGUCCUCGUCGCCAUCAUCUCGGACGCUCUGCUUCUUUUUGGCAGCCUUCUUAGGUUUGCCCUCACCAGUCUGGCGCGGGGCUGGCUUCCUUUUCCGCUUGACUUUAUCACCAGUCUCUUCAUCUACCGUCAUUUCGGCGUCGAGACGUUCCUGUUCUUCACGAUCCCGCUCCUCCUUGAGUAGUCUGUCCUUCUCAGCAAUGGCUUCUCGCUCUUGCUUCAGCUUUGCGCGCCUCUCAUUUUCUGCAGUGAUGGCUCGUUGUCUCUCCUCUUCGCGACGGGCAAGCUCCUCUUCUCGCUGUUUCUUGGCAGCCUCAAUCUUUUCUUUGUUGACCUCUUCCCAUUCCUUUUGCUUAGCGAUAGCUCGCUCGAGUUGCUUGCGUAGGGUGUUGCGGGCCAUGUUAGCACGCUGUUCAAUGUCAUGCUUGGGAUAAGGAGGCUGGGGGCUAUUGGCAAUGGCAUCGAGGGAUUCGAUGGCGGCUUCGAGCCCCUUAGCCGCCUCCUCCAAUUGCUCAGCACUGCGUCUGUUCUCCGGUAGGGCUUGAAUUGUUUGAACCAAUUGGAUCUGAACGAAGGCGACAUUGAACUUGUAGUGGAUUUGAUCAGCCGCCGCUUCGAGCGCCUUUGUAGCACAAUCAAGCGCCUUGUAGUAACAAUCGAUUUCCUUUUCGGCCCUGCCUCUGUUAAGCCAGGUACGACCGAGACACGACAAAAUCGCUGCGUCGUUGGCUUUUCCUUCCUUGCUAAGAGCAAUCUCAUAGUGCUCAACUGCCUUGGAGAAUUGCUUGAGCUCCGCAUAGACGUGACCCAAGUUAACGUAAACAUGCGCUUCCUUAAUGGUGUCGCGGAUUUUGUUCAAGAUUGUGAGAGCGUUUUUGUAAUCUUUUCUGUCCUCAAUGAGGGCAAUCGCAACGCCUUGGGCAGCAUAUGCGUUUUUAGGGUCCAGAGAGAGGGCCUUGUCGAAAAACUCGACGGCUUUGCCAUAUAUGGCACUACGCUUCUGCUUCUCUGCGUCUGUCUCACGUCGCAUCUCUCGAGCCUGUAGCAUGUAGAGGUUGCCCAUGCCUACCAGAGCAUAGCGGUCGUGCUUGUCGUAGUUUUGAAGCGUGUGUUUGUAGUGUCUGAAUUCAGGAUCCUCAACAAUGUUUGCAGGUCGCUUCCGUGACUGCACCUUGCCGAGAUACCAUCCGUAAAGCGCGCGGACAUCAACAUCGCCAGUGUUUUCCUGGUAUAGUUUGGCAACUGCAUCAGGGCCUUCCUUAUUAGGAUGCUGGCGAAGUUUAAUAUAGGCAAGGCGCGCUCUAGCGUCUGUGUAGUCAUCGUGUCGCGCCAGAAGACCGUCGUAUACUUCAAUAGCCUUUUCUUGUAGUCCACUGCCUUCAUAACUGCGGGCCAAGUUGAAGCUAAUAGUUGAAACAAGAGCGUCAGUGUCGGCAUUGGGGUCCUUAUCGCUCAUUCUCAUGCAGGCACCUAAGGCAGCUUCAAACAUCUGGCUUGCCAACUCAAACUUUUCCGCUUGGAAGUGGAAGCAUCCAAUGUUAUUCAGCAGUUGAGGAGGCAAGAAUUUUCGCAACGCCAUUUGAGCUUCAGUUUCAUCUGUAGAUUUCUCGGGCUUUUCUGAGUCGGGGACCUGCUCUAACUCUAAUUGCUCAACUUGUUGGAGACAUUGGAGAGCCUUCUCCGGGUUUUCCGCUUCAUAUAGACGUGCAAGAUUAAGCAGCACAGAAGAAUCGGAAACUAGAUUUCUCUUCGAAUCUUUCCACGCGUUUCGUGCACCUUCGAGAAGAGUGAUGGCCUUCUUCAUCUCUGAAGACUUAUCCUCUUUAAGGUCGCUAUCCUGGCUCGAAAAUAUUUCUUCAGCAUACAAUGUACCGAGAAGGAUCAUUGCUUCGUGGUUCUUGGACUGCUGAAUCAUUUUUUCCAAUCUCAGUUUUGCUUCACCCAAAUCUUGUUUCAACACAGAGAGCUGAGAAAUACCAAACUUGGCAGGUAAGUAGCCAGUGUCGGCUCCUCCUCUGGCCUCAUCGGCACGUCUGUAGUAGUCGCUCGCGCGCUCUGUAUCUCCAUUGUAGUGAGCCUUUCUGGCCAGGAGAUACCAUCCAUCACUGGCAAUGGCGUUGACAUCCGUAUACUGAAUAGCCUUGUGUGCAAGCUUGUCAGCAUUAUCCCACGCCUUGCGUGAGAGAAAGUAGUUUGCAAACGUGUUGCAAGUUAAUGGAGUAUCUUUAUCCAGUUUGAACGACUUUUGGGUGUACUCUGUCAUGGCUCUUUUGUAUAGCCUAACAAAUUCAUCGCUGUUCACAGGGACGUGACCACUGGCAUCGAGAUAGAAGAGACCGAGGAGGAUGUUGGCCACCUUCGAGUUAGGGUUGAUUUCCAAGGAUCUGUCCCAAGCCAACUUGGCAUCCUUUUUGAACCCAAGCUGCCAGAAACAGCAUCCAAUACCGAUGCGGGGGUCUGGAUCAACGAGACCGGGCUUCUUUUGGAGCACGUCCUGAUAAAUUGUUAAAGCAUCCGGGUACUUUUGCAUUGAAAAGAAAGCACGCGCUUUGCCCAUAAGCGCCAGCAUGUUUUUGCCCUGAGAAACGCGCAGGGCAUCAUCAAAGGACUUGAUAGCAGUCUUGAGCAAAUCCUGCUUUUCGGAUCCAAUGCUUCCUGCUGCCUUGGAAGGGGCCUGAAGCGACGCUCUAAGAAGCAGCAAGACACCUCGCGCAAGGAAAAUGGGUGGGAAUGAAGGAUUGAGCCUAGCAGCGUCGUUGAGAGAAGAUGUAGCAAGCUGGAGAUAGUGCUCUUUUGUCUUUGCUUCGGAAGCCCUCAUACCAUCUGGUGCAACUCGUGGGGCUUCUCGGCUCUUCCAAAGAUACAUCCAGCAAAGGCAGCAUAUCAUGCUGACCUUGUCUCUGGGGUUGCUUUGGAUAGCGCCACCGCCACGGAUCAACAUCUCAAUAGCAUGAUCAAUUUUGUGCUGCUUUGCAUAGGCAAGCGCAACGGUCAUCCAGUAUGUCUUGGCAGCAUGUUCGUUUUCGAAUAGUGUGCAGAGUUCGGUAGGGUCGUCAACGAGGUCUUCGAGAUCGAUUUCGACGGCUUCGUCUUCCUGAUCACCCUGGACAGGGAUAUCGAUGGCCGUUGGGAUGUCGGAGAAUCGAAUACUAGCAGUGGUGCCUGCAUCGAUGCCGUUAAUGGCUCCAUUGGCCGUGCCGUUGAGAACUGCAGCCAUGAUUGUGAGGCACAGGGUUUCGCGAUCGCAAACUGCUGGCCGUUGAGAUGGCUGUAAAGCGCUUUCCUACUCCUUGGCCUCUUCAAGCUUCCAAUAGCAUGCUCUUCUAGUGCUAUGCACUAUUGAACAGCUGAUAUUCGCGUUGGGGGUGGAUGGAAAAGGUAAGGGUG